AUGCUUGUACCGAGAUAUUCUACAACCGCUUUAAUAUGCGAUCCAAUAUUCACUGGUUUAGCCGGUCGAGCACAGUGGUUUCAUAAUGGAAUCAUCGUGGCUAAUGUCACGAGUACAUCGAAUGCGAUUUUGUAUGAUCGACAAUAUAACGGAGAAAAGGCAAUACCGGAUGUUGGAUUCCUCAUAAUUACGAAUAUAUCACUGGAUGAUCAAGGUAAUUAUUGGUGUCGACGAGAAGACACAGGACAAGAAAGUGAUAUCGUGCAACUUGAUGUUGCAUAUAUCGACGAAUUCCCCAAUGAUACUCAUUUGACUUUUCAUCCAUCGUCACCAAAUCUUGGUGAACAGUUAAUCGCUAAUUGUCCGAAAACAACUGGCAUUCCUCCAUUAUAUGCGACAUGGACUUUGAAUGGAGAACGAAUCAGAUUCUCGCCGAACCGAGUUGAUUUAUUAAAGAAUAAUUCACUCAUAAUAAAACGUUUUCUUCUUCGAGACAUUGGUGUUUACGAAUGUAAAUUGUCUAAUUUUGCUGGAAGUACAACUGCUCAAGGUUUUAUAGACUUGCAAAAAUCAAACAAUGAUCUUUCUAAUGCUUCAGAUCAAGUCGAUACCUCAAUUUUCAUUACAAGCUGUCGUAAUUUCACUCAUAAUGGUAGUAUAACAUGGUUUCUUAUCGGUUGUUUGGCUACGAGUUUUUCGGUAUUAGUUUAUCUAAUUUGUGCAGUGUUGUUGAUCAAACCUAAUAGUAGCCGAUAUCGUGUGUUGCUACAACCAGCCUCUUAUCUCCGGUCGCAUCCAAAUUUAGCUCCAGGAUUCCGUAAGGUUAUCUCACCUUUGCCAGAUGUUUAUAGAGAACCGCAUUAUCAUCGAGGCGAAUAUUAUCAACAAUAA